AUGCCGGUUUGGCCUGGCGCAACAUUGCAGCCCAUCCUGGUAGGCCUCUACGGUAAGGACAAGGACUUUGUGCCCAUUUUCAUCACCGUCGAUCCUGAGCGUGAUACCCCCGAGGUCGUUGGUGAAUACUGCAAAGAAUUCUCCCCCAAGCUGGUUGGUCUCACUGGCUCUCGUGAACAAAUCAACAUUGUUGCGAAACGAUACCACAUCUAUCACAGCCAGGGUCCCAAAGACUCCGACGGAGACUAUAUUGUGGACCACACGGUCGUCAUGUACCUGAUAAAUCCCAGAGGCGAGUUUGUGGAAUACUAUGGCCAGGUGAAACCCAUUCAGGAGAUCGUCCGGAGCAUUAUGAACAAGAUGAAGGCCUACUCUUAG